CUCAGACGCGCUCGGCGUUCAGGCUCUCCGCUCCCCGAUGGCCCCCCAUGAGCGGGACUGCGCUACCCAGACCAGCCCCGGCUCCAGUCGGUCCUAGCGAAGGCAGGACCCCGACAUCCUCCCUUGGAAUACCGUCUAGAUCCUUUAUUCCCAACCUGCGAUAGAAAGAGAUGAGAAUGAUGCUCGUAAUGCGCCCGCGACGGUGGAUUUUCCUUUUGUACGUUUGUGGAUUGAUGCGCGUCGGUCACCAGAGGAGCCCCGACGCACUAAAUGGAGAAGCCUUGCUGGGCUUCAAGGCUCUGCGGGAUGCGGGCAGGUUCGUGGGGAAGCAGGACACGGUGCCUCUCCGGCUGGACAGCCACACUCACAUCACACACGACGAGCUCAGCACCAGGCUGAAGGCCGGCCCCGGAUCCCCGCAGCUGGACCACGUAGACCAAGCAAGUUUUCAAGUUGAUGCUUUCGGAAGAAACUUCAUUUUAGAUGUGGAACUGAAUCAUGAUCUCCUGUCUUCAGGCUACGUGGAGAGGCAUUUGUCAGAAAACGGGAAGACUGUCAUCACUAGUGGAGGAGAGCACUGCUACUAUCAGGGGAAGGUCAGAGAUGUUCCUCAGUCCUUUGUGGCUCUCUCAACCUGUCAUGGAUUGCAUGGGAUGUUCUUCGAUGGCAAUCACACCUACAUGAUUGAGCCUGGAGGAGCGGCCAGCGGAAAUGAUGACGUCAGCAUUCACAUGAUAUACAAAUCUGCUGGACAAGAGGAGCUAAGGGAUCUCUUCAAUGGUGAUCUACCAGAGCCACCUUUCCCCAGCUCCCCAUUUCCGGGAUCAAAAGUUGUUCACUGGAGAAAAAAGCGACAGGCUCCACAUAUUUCACGCAAUGUAGAAGAUGAAACAAAAUACAUCGAACUUAUGGUGAUCAACGACCAUGUAAUGUACAAGAAGCAUCGUCUUUCUGUUGGACACACCAAUAACAACGCUAAGACUGUGGUCAAUAUAGCUGACUUGAUUUUCAGGGAACAGCUUAAUACCCGAAUUGUGCUUGUUGCUAUGGAAACCUGGUCAGCGGACAACAAGUUUAACAUCGACGACGACCCUAUGGUGACGCUCAAGGAGUUCAUGAAAUACAGAAAAGACUUCAUCAAGGAAAAAUGCGACUCAGUUCACCUCUUCUCAGGGAAUCGCUUUCAUAGCAGCUGGGGUGGAGCUUCUUACAUGGGAGGCGUUUGUUCUCUCACUAAAGGAGGUGGGGUCAAUGAGUACGGCAAAACAAAUGAGAUGGCCAUAAACCUCGCUCAGUCUCUUGGACAGAACAUCGGUAUUUUCUCCGACAAGAAGAGGAUCCUCAACGGCGAGUGCAAAUGUGACGAUAGAUGGGCGGGCUGCAUCAUGGAUGACAUUGGUUUCUACCUGCCUAAGAGAUUCUCUGACUGCAACGUGGAGGAGUACCACAACUUUCUGAACAGCGGUGGCGGAGCCUGUCUUUUUAACAAACCUUCGAAGCUGCUGGAUCCGACUGAGUGUGGUAAUGGCUUUGUGGAGUCAGGAGAGGACUGCGAUUGUGGCAGCCCUGCGGAGUGUGAAAAAGAAGGUGGGAACUGCUGUAAGAACUGCACCCUGACUAAAGGCUCCAACUGUAGCAAUGGGCUCUGCUGCAAUAACUGUCAGAUGGAGUUAAUCGGGGUCGUGUGCAGAGAUGCAGUGAAUGAUUGUGACAUCCCAGAAAGCUGCACGGGCAAUUCCAGUCAGUGUCCACCAAAUGUGCACAAGAUGGAUGGUUACAGAUGUGAAAAAGAUCAAGGUCGCUGCUUCAAUGGAAGGUGCAAAACCAAAGACAGACAAUGCAAAUACAUAUGGGGAGAAAAGGCAACAGCAGCUGACAAGUUCUGUUACGAGAAGCUCAACAUCGAGGGGACAGAAAAAGGCAACUGCGGAAAAGACAAGGACACCUGGAUCCAGUGUAACAAACAGGAUGUUCACUGCGGCUACCUGCUGUGCUCCAACAUCUCGCCUGCCCCGCGUCUGGGAGAGCUGCAUGGAGGACUGUCGUCUUUCUCAGUAGCCCAGCACAGCGCGUCUCUGGACUGCAGUGGUGCCCAUGUGAUGAUCGAUGGCGACACGGACCUGGGAUACGUCGAGGAUGGGACAGCCUGUGGAACAGACAGCAUCUGUUUCAAUCACAAGUGUCUCCCAAUCCAGCAGUUCAACUUCAGCACCUGUCCCGGGACGACUGACAACACCAUCUGCUCUGGGCACGGGGUGUGCAGCAACGAGCUGAAGUGUGUGUGUUACGUGGGCUGGACAGGAGACGACUGCAACUCCAUGUCUCCCUUCAGCUAUCGCGUGGUGGGACCCACCACACCGGCUUCAGGUAUCACCAGCACCAACAUCGUCAUCGGGGCCAUUUCUGGCUCCGUCCUCUUCCUUGCCCUGAUACUGGCGGUGACAGCCUGGUGCUAUAAGAGCUACAAGAAGAGACGUUAUGUUGAGUCUGAGGUUCACAGAAGAUUCUGCCGGCAAAUCCCCCCAGGUGACUAUGUCACCAAACCUGGGGAUGCAGAUUCGUUUUACAGCGAUAUGCCUCCAGGCGUCAGCACCAACUCCGGCUGCAGCUCCAAGAAGAGGUCAGCCUGCCUGUCGCACCUGCAGAUUUGCACCCUGUCCUUCACUCCCUCCAUCCAAUCCAUUUCUCAGAACAUCUCAGUGUUUGGCUUCAGAUCUAAUGGGCUUUCACACUCAUGGAGUGAGAGAAUUCCAGAUGCCAAGCACAUCUCUGACAUCUGCGAAAAUGGCAGACCGAGGAGCAACUCGUGGCAAGGAAACCUGAGCGGGAAUCGCAAGAAGCUGAAAGGGAAGAAGUUUCGGGCUCGCUCCAACUCUACAGAAACAUUAUCUCCUGCCAAGUCUCCCACUUCAUCUACGGGAUCUAUUGCAUCCAGCAGGAGAUACCCGUACCCUAUGCCCCCACUCCCCGAUGACCAGAGGAAAACCAACAGGCAGAGCGCCAGGCUGUGGGAGACCUCAAUAUAACAGCAGCAUUUCCCAAACUGCAAAAGUCUUUAAAGAACUACACGUCUCUUCUUUUCUAUGAAUGGAAAACACAGAAAUGAAAUAAAAUUGACUCUAAGCUUCUAAAGAGAAAGAGCGCGAACCCCCACUGGACAGGAACUAGACAGAGGUCUGUGUGAGUAAGUAUGUUCAAGUAUCUUCGAAGCUGUCUUUCCAGAUGGCAUCUAUAAAAAUGAUGAGGAGAAACCAGCUCCACAUCUACUCCAGAGCAGAUGGAGAUGAGACUGAGCUGUUCCCGUCUGCUCAAGCCUCACUUAUGGGACUGGAAACCACACCACUCUGAACUCCCACGCCUCCUUUGGCCCAGCUCUUUCCCCACACGCUUCAACACCAUCACCCCCUGAGUUGUUCACUCUCCUCCCAAACAGGAGCAGCAGUGCCAGGAGCAAGCCAUCGCAUCACUCCACGCCCAGGAAUUUUUCAGUCAGAUCAUUUUUUUUAAUGCACGUAAAUCACUGUAGAAAGUCCAACGCUGUAUGCAUGAGACAACCAAUUUUAUCAGCACCCAUCUCCUGCAGAAGACAAGAAAAAAGCGGCAGCCUGAUUUGAAAGGAAAGCAUGCAAAGGAGCAGUGAUCUUACGACUUUGGUAGGCUAAAAAAGCUUCCUCGUCACUGAAAAUAAACCCCUUUAUGUAUCAUCCCUUAUAACCCAUUAAACCCACAACUCUGCCCCAAUGCAAACCCCAUCCUUUCCUGCUCUACUCUUCCUUCCAUUUGCCGGUGUGUUAGUGUAAAUAUGUACAAUAAGAUACACACAGAGCAGUUUUUUGCUUUUAUUUUGAAAGACAAACUCAAUUUUUUUCCUCUGCUGAAUUGUGCUGAGGCAGAAUUCUGCAGAUAAAUGUAAAGACCCUGCAGUCUUUUUUCUGGUAGUUUUUUUAACACAUUAAUUUCUCCCUGACUUUGCUCCUCUGUAACUUUGACUUUGACCUUCUAUGGCUUUCUCCACAGCAGAAUGUGUUUAUAUGUAUACAUAAGCACUAUUUCCAUCCACUUCUGUGAGAAACAUACCUCCAGUAAUUUUGAAUCUGGCACAUGAAGAGUGUUACUGAGAUUAUUCUGGAUUAGAUUGUUUUUUUUAGCUAAAUUUAAAUAGUUUUACGGGCCAUUUCUGAGUGAAGUGAACCGACUGAUGUCUGUGCUAUAGUUAUAGAUGUGCCACUUGUCACUCAUUUGGUUUUGAUAAUUUCCCAAUGAUAAUGAUGAGAUGCUUUUCCCCCGAUUCUAGAUUUGGAUUUCUGAUACCAUGUGAAGUCACUCUUGAGUUUGAGUUGAAGAGGCGAACGUGGUUGAUAACUAAACUCAGACGGAAUCUGGAAAUUGUGAUUUUAAUUGUGCAUUUUGGAUUUAGCUGAGAUAUUUAGCCUUGUAAAUGAUUAACUAUGCUGUACAGUGCUUGCUGUUUGAGCUUGUGAAGACCAACAGCAUGAUGACAGUUCUAUAUCAAGUUUAAGUUUUGUCUCCGAUAGGCUAUUUGUGAGAGAAUAGCAGGAAACGAGCAUGUCACCACAACACUGUUGCCCUCAUUCCCUGUUCAUUUUGUCAUAAUGGCUUUGUGUUCCACAGAUUUCUGAACCCUACUUAUUGAGGGUGAUUCAUGGCGGGAAGCCACAAGGUUUGAAAUGAUGAGAGCGGCAUUGUUGUACCGUUGUCACUUCAGAACAACUGUUUAAUGCCAAUGUCUAGAGAGGAAACAUACUCCCCUACAGCAACUUCUUGUGCAGUUAUGACUCAUUGAUCUACCUUGAUGUCUUAAGGAUUCACGUUCUUUAUUUUCCCCGUUUCUGUUCCAGUGUAGGCAUUUUUAUAUUUGUGUUUCACGUACGCAUUAGGACUGUAUAGCUAAAAUUAUCACAAUAUUUGACUAAUAAUGCCACUAGUAUGUUUUUUUUCCUUUUAUAUUAUUAAGUACCUUUCUAAUGUUCACUUUUUUCUCAGCUUAAUGUACAGCAACUAUUCAGACAGUAAUUAAGUGCAUUAUUGUAAUUAACUGUGUUGAUGAGUUUGAUUGAAGACAGGUUGUUUUAUUUUUAUUUCAAACAUAUUUGUCCUUCAGCAUGUGUCGAUCUGUAUGAUUUGCGAUUUGAACACAUGUAAAUGAGAUGUGUUCAGGCACAUUAUUCGCCUUCUACCAGAGCUUUUGUUUUUACUCUGGUCUAAAAAGUUGUUUUUUUUUUGUUUGUUUUUUUUUCUGUGCACCGUAAGAGUGAAAUGUAGACAUUGUAAUACUUUGCAACGGCGAGACAUUCCUUCUGGCGUCCUGGACACUGCAAAGCACAACACUCUUUGAGGAAUGUCCAUGAAGGAUGGGAGCUCACAGUGACAUCUGUGCUGGUGCAGCUGUCCCCCCUUCCUUCAAACAUGUCUGCUGUACCUGCCUGCAUGCACAGCUGGACUGACUGGUCCUAACAGGACUGCUCUGUCCAACGUGCCCACAGAUGAGCCCCCUGGCUCCAUCUCUGGCAAGAAACUUGAAUGUAUUUGUGCACUGGAGCACACUAACCACCCGGUUGCAGCUGAGCACUCCCGUCCUGCCAGACUCGCCGGCCUUUGCCUCCAGGAACCUUAUGUACUAACGCAAACAUUGCAGUUGUCUUUUUGUUUUUAGUUUUUUUUUUUUACCUGUUUGGUGUACAGACUACUGAUGCAAAAAUCAUCCCUUGUAUUUUUUUCCCCCUCUUAGUUAUUCAGUAUUGUAAUAUAUUUAAUAUAAAAUAAAACUUUCA